AUGGUGAAACAUUACCUGCACUACAGGUUUACAGCCCAGACUAAAGCAGACACACUCCCAGAGUUCAGUGCUGUGGUUGUGGUUGAUGACAAACAGAUCAAACACUACAGUAAUGAAAAACGAGUCUGGAUUGUGACUGAACAUGACUGGACUGAAGCUCCUGAGGAACCACCUGAUUCUAGAGACUGGUUCAUUCAUCAGACCAGGACUCUGUCAAACUGCGCAUACUCAGAGUGUUCUGAGCUCCAUGUUCUUCAGAGAAUAAUUGGCUGUGAACUUAAUACAUUUCUUAAUGGAACAAUGACAAAUCUGACUGCCUUUGACAAAUAUGGAUUUGAUGGAGAGGAUUUUAUGGACUUUAGUUCUGAUGCUCUGCAGUGGAUUGAUAAAAACCCCAAAGCUAAAGAAACCAAAAUGAAAUGGGAUCAGCAAACAGAACGCAAUGAACUCCUGCAGCAUUACCUCCAGACCUGCAUGAACUGGAUCUCCACAUUUAAUAACACACAAAAGACUCCACCAGAUGUUUGUGUCUUUGCAGUGGAAGCUCUUGAUGAUCAAGGCAAGCUGGUUCUGAGCUGUCUGGCCACUGGUUUCUACCCCAGAGAUAUUGAGAUGAACAUCAGAUUGGACAGAAUUAACACUGAAAACAAAACAUUAUCUGCAGUCAGACCAAAGGCUGAUGGAUCCUUUCAGCUGAGAACCAGUGUGAAGAUCGACAGAAACCACAAAGGAUCUUAUGACUGUCUGGUCAAUCACAGCAGUCUGACAGAACCAGCUUCAACAAACUGGGGUGGAACAUGUUUUGACAGUGAAACUCUAUGGCCUGUUAUCGUAGGAGUAGUAGUAGCUGUAGUUGCAGUUCUAGUGUCAGCUUGUUGGCUUUGUGUAAACUAUCCAACGAUCUUCAUGAUCUUCAGUGGAGGCACAGUUGUGCAGUUGAACGUCACUCUAAUGGUUCAGUAA